GCCGGUUAUAUCGAUAGCACACGUGUGCCAAGUGCUUGUUUAUAUUUUGCUGUGCACAUAUUGGUGAAACUAUUUAAUAAUAUUUAUUAAGAUUUUACGGAAGGCCUCAAAAUGAUGCACUACCGCAAGGCCGAGAAUGUGGAGAAGGAGCUGAGCAAGAGCGAUCUGCCAUUCGAGGACUGCAUGCCAAAGUCCCAAAAGGAUUUUUUGUGGAUGCAUGUAAAAGGCGGUACCAAAGUGAGCAAUGUGAUUGAGUUUGCUCAGGAGGCGCUGAACAAGGGCGAGCACAGAUGCGUGGUGUGGAGCGGAUCCGGCGGAGGAGUGGUGAAGACCAUAUCCUGUGCCGAGGUCCUCAAGCGGAGCCACCCCCUCUACCAGGUGACGCGCAUGGCCUACACCAGUGUGGAGGAGCACUGGAAGCCGCAAAUGGAAGGCCUGGAGGAGAUUAUAGUCACACGCCAAAUACCCACCCUGCACAUCCUCAUGAGUCUGGACGAGCUGCCGGAUACUAUAGAUGGCUUACAAAAGCCAAAUACGUCCACUGAUUUUUGGGAUGGCGGAGGAGCACAGCAACAGCCACAUCCACGUUCCCAGCCCCGCCAUCAGCAGCAGCCACAUAAACCAGGGGCUGGGCGUGGGGGUCGGCCGAACAAACGGACCAGACCCGGACGCAAUAAACCAGGCCAACAACCCGAAAAACCUGCCGCUGAAGAGAAUUUACCCGCCAGUUAGAGUCAAGGUUGAGAUAAGCGGACCAUGCGAAGAUUUUCUUAUUUGCCCUUUGUAAGGAUGUACAAAUAAAGCCCAAUUUAUCACAAAAGACCAGCGGUAUUAACGCAAUUGCGGGCAAUAAAAGAUUAGCUCUCCGAAGAUAAGCGCGGUCUUUGUAUAAUUCUUCUUUAUAGAACUCUUAUAGAACUCUUCUCAAACUUACAGUAGAUGCUCUUUAAUUCGAAUGUGAAGUAAUCUAAAUUAGAAAGUUUAAUAAGCAAUUAUAAAGUACAAGUAGAAGAAGAGAAAUGUAAAUAUAUAUCGGUAAUUUCGUUAAUUUAUUUUUGCAAAGAUUUCGUUAUAGCUUAGUAUGUCAAUGGCCCCAAGUUGUUUAAAAAGGAAUGAAGCGAAUAUGCUGCCUUAUGCUAAGAUAAUAUUAUACAGUUUCUAUACCUAGGACAAUAAACAAUACUUUGUGGGUUCCCUUAUCAGUUGAAAUUCGAAAUCGGUGAGUUGGUGUUAGUUGUUUGUCAAAUACAAAUUCAAUACCCAGAAAUUAAAAUAUAGCUGAUAAUGUGUGCUAAAGCAUCUAUUAAAUGUGGACAGUAAGUACCAAUGCAGAACAAACCGUUUAUUUGAUAUUUUAGGUCAGAAAAAUUAGAUUGUUCUUAUUCACA